AUGCUUCGCUUUUCAGCUCGCAAACCCGAGGUCCCGAGCGCCGACAAGAAGCCCCAGCAACCCCAUCCUGAGGAUAGAGGUAAGGGUCGCCCUCUUCCCUCCCUUCCACCUACCUGUCCUUUCCCAUUAAGGGGUGAGAAACGUCUCCCCUCUCCCCCCCCUGGGAGCAGCACUUGUGUCCCAGCAGAUAAGUUGGUGUGAAGAAGGUUGCAGCCAACACUUCCCACCUCACAAUCAGCUCCGACCGCUCCGAGGGACAUGUGGCUCUCCGGAUGAGGCCACUAGACUCAACACCAAUCACUCUCUCCGAUAUCGCAUAGAUUUUUUUAUUGGUGUUACAGUAGAACCUGUAACCUGGGCUCCCGAGUGGCACAGCGGUCUAAGGCAUGCAUCUCAGUUCUUGAGGCGUCACUACAGACCCCCUGGUUCGAUUCCAGGCUGUAUCACAACCUGCCGUUGAUUGGGAGUCCCAUAGGGCGGCGCACAAUUUGGCCUAGUGUCGUCCGGGUUUGGCCGGUGUAGGCCGUCAUUGUAAAUAAGAAUUUGUUCUUAACUGACUUGCCUAGUUAAAUAAAGGUAACAUAAAAAUAUAUAUUAAAAAAACCUGGCCCUAAUUGGGGUUGUGUGUGUGUGUGUGUGGAAUCUCAUCCGUAACACCAAAGGAGAGUUUGCUCUGUUUUCAGAUAGACAUGCAGGUCUUGAUUUACUAAGUGUUUGUACCAAGUGGCAAAUUUGCACCUGGAAGGAGUAAAUUGACAUUUGCAUUUGGACCCCACAUGAAUAACUUAAUGAAUAAUAUGAAUAACUAACUGCGAAUGCUCAGUAAAGCUGUCUUCAAGGGUCUAGACCCUAGACAGACACUUGUCAUACAGAUAACGGUAGGGAUACACUUUUUGACAGUAGAACAGCUUGUAGGGAGAUGGUGAUUAUGCUAAUGUAAUUUGGCCUGGUCCCCUCGCUACAGCGAUGACUUAAUCAGUGGGAGUUUAGCACCAGUCCUGCCAUGUAUGCAUUACAGACGCUUACCAACCAGUCUCGUGCCUUUUGUGAUGGUCCUCGGGAUACCACUAUUGGCCAGACGUGCUCUACCAGCUGAGCUACUACAUACCCUACCACACCCCAGGGUAUUAAUAGAGGAGCACAGUGUCAUCUUUUGAUUUCACAUGUUGGGUAAUGUGUCCUCCUGGAUAAACACAACACUUGUGUCUUCAGCCUUCUCUUUAUUAACAAGUAAAGGUUUAUACAAGUAACGUUUUGUACAAUCAUUGGAAAAUGUGUCAGAUUGGCCACCAGUUCACAUAUAAUAUGGAUGGUUUUAUUUAUUUAUCCUAUAGAAAUUCUAUGAUUUCUCCCACCUAUUGUGUAGGAGACAUUAUGUACAGUGCCUUCAGAAGGAUUCACACCCCUUUACUUUUUGUUGUGUUACAGCCUGAAUUUAAAAUUGAUUGAGAUUUUGUGUCACUGGCCUACACACAAUACCCCAUAAUGUCAAAGUGGAAUUAUAUUUGUACAAAUUAAUAAAAAAUCAAAAGCUGAAAUGUUUUGAGUCAAUAAGUAUUCAACCCCUUUGUUAUGGCAAGCCUAAAGUUCAGGAGUACACAUUUGCUUAACAAGUCACAUAAUAAGUUGCAUGGACUCACUCUGUGUGCAAUAAUAGUGUUUAACAUGAUGACUACCUCAUCUCUGUACCCCACACAUACAAUUAAUUAUCUGUAAGGUCCCUCAGUCGAGCAGGGAAUUUCAAACAACGAUUCAACCACAAAGACCAGGGAGGUUUUCUAAUGCCUCUCAAAGAAGGGCACCUAUUAGUAGAUGGGUAAAAAAAACAGACAUUGAAUCUGGGCUGACCCCAUUUAGUCGACUGGUCGAUUGUUUGGUCUAUAGGCUGUUGGUCGACCAAGAUUUCUUUAGUCGAGCAGUAGCAAAAAAAACAUUCAUAGUGUAAAAGACACUGGUCUGAAUCGCGCCUGUUUGAGUGGACUAAAUCCAUUGUGGAGGCCGUGGGGAUGGCACAGUCCAUCACUCUAAGACACGUGCUACUGAAAUUGUAUAUGGUUAUAUUACAUAAGAACAAUGGUGCAACACUAAUAAAAAUAAGAUUAUUUUAUAACAAAUGCACUUUCUCCCGCGUUGGAUAGCGGUUGCUGUCCACCGUUCUAAAACAUCAGUGUGCUGUUGAAUUGGUGCCUUUUCCUAGACAAUGUUGCUAUGUGCAUAAAAGCAAAGUUAACCAGCAUAUUGGUGUUGAGAACAAUGCGGCGGAGGCAGAAGUGGAGUUAGGAGACGACAAAACAGCCUUUGCCUUAAUUGUCUAAGAAAAGUGAGGAGAGCGGAAACCCCAACUUAAUUAGGUCUAUAAUAAAUAGCCCAACUGUUAAAUGUGCCUGGCUUGAUAAAUCAUCCAUAAACAGUGUCUUGCAAAAGUAUUCAGCAAAACUCACUGACCAGGCAAGGAGGGCAUUAAUCAGAGAGGCAACAAAGAGACCAAAGAUAACCCUGAAGGAGCUGCAAAGCUCCACAGCGGAGAUUGGAGUAUCUGUCCAUAGGACCACUUUAAGCCGUACACUCCACAGAGCUGGGCUUUACGGAAGAGUGGCCAGUAAAAAGCAAUUUCUUGAAGAAAAAAGUAAGCAAACACGUUUGGUGUUCGCCAAAAGGCAUGUGGGAGACUCCCCAAACGUAUGGAAGAAGGUACUCUGGUCAGAUGAGACUAAAAUUGAGAUUUUUGGCCAUCAAGGAAAAUGCUAUGUCUGGCGCAAACCCAACACCUCUCAUCACCCCGAGAACACCAUCCCCACAGUGAAGCAUCGGCAGGGACUGGGAAACUGGUCAGAAUUGAAGGAAUGAUGGAUGGCGCUAAAUACAGGGAAAUUAUUGAGGGAAACCUGUUUCAGUCUUCCAGAGAUUUGAGACUGGGACAGAGGUUCACCUUCCAGUAGGACAAUGACCCUAAGCAUACUGCUAAAGCAACACUUGAGUGGUUUAAGGGAAAACAUUUAAAUGUCUUGGAAUGGCCUAGUCAAAGCACAGACCACAAUCCAAUUGAGAAUAUGUGGUUUGACUUGCUUUGAUAUUGCUGUACACCAUCUAACUUGAAGGAGCUGGAGCAGUUUUGCCUUGAAGAAUGGGCAAAGAUCCCAGUGGCUAGAUGUGCCAAGCUUAUAGAGACAUACCCCAAGAGACUUGCAGCUGUAAUUGCUGCAAAAGGUGGCUCUACACAGUAUUGACUUUAAGGGGUGAAUAGUUUCACAAGAAAAAAUAUUUAGCGUCUUCAAAGUGGUAAGCAUGUUCUGUAAAUCAAAUGAUACAAACCUCCCAAAAAUCCAUUUUAAUUCCAGGUUGUAAGGCAACAAAAUAGGAAAAAUGCUAAGGGGGGUGAAGUCACUGUAUAUCUACAGAAAUAAGACAGAUCCUGCUUGUGGGCCUGUUUGAGUGUUUGUUUUAUAGCCUACUGAUUCCAUGAGCGCCAAGCCUCAAGCAAACAAAUUCGGCUGUUUUUUAACUUUGCGAUGCUGUAAAAAAGGCUUUAUACUUAUUUUUGUUAGAACAGCCUCUUUUGGUGUUACUUAUUUAUUUAGUGUUGUUUACAAAAUUCCAAAUUGUCAGAAAUUAUUAUAACAAUAAUAACCCUAUUUUCUUCUUGAUCACCUUCUUAUUUUUAUUUUUAAUUAUUACUAUUAUUAUUAUGGUCAUUAUAAUAAGUGAUGUCAUCAUCAUUAGUAGGCUUAGUAUAACAGUCUUGUAUAACCACCAUCGAGCUGUAGGCCUAAGAGCGCAUCCUGUUUAGUCUUAAUACCGUAACUUACUUACAGUAGGCCUAUACAGUGGGGAAAAAAAGUAUUUAGUCAGCCACCAAUUGUGCAAGUUCUCCCACUUAAAAAGAUGAGAGAGGCCUGUAAUUUUCAUCAUAGGUACACGUCAACUAUGACAGACAAAAUGAGGAAAGGAAAAUCCAGAAAAUCACAUUGUAGGAUUUUUAAUGAAUUUAUUUGCAAAUUAUGGUGGUAAAUAAGUAUUUGAUCAAUAACAAAAGUUUCUCAAUACUUUGUUAUAUACCCUUUGUUGGCAAUGACACAGGUCAAACGUUUUCUGUAAGUCUUCACAAGGUUUUCACACACUGUUGCUGGUAUUUUGGCCCAUUCCUCCAUGCAGAUCUCCUCUAGAGCAGUGAUGUUUUAAUAAUAAUAUAAUAUGCCAUUUAGCAGACGCUUUUAUCCAAAGCGACUUACAGUCAUGCGUGCAUACAUUUUUUUAUAUGGGUGGUCCCGGGGAUCGAACCCACUACCUUGGCGUUACAAGCGCCGUGCUGGGCAACACGGACUUUCAACUCCCUCCAAAGGUUUUCUAUGGGGUUGAGAUCUGGAGACUGGCUAGGCCACUCCAGGACCUUGAAAUGCUUCUUACGAAGCCACUCCUUCGUUGCCCGGGCGGUGUGUUUGGGAUCAUUGUCAUGCUGAAAGACCCAGCCACGUUUCAUCUUCAAUGCCCUUGCUGAUGGAAGGAGGUUUUCACUCAAAAUCUCACGAUACAUGGCCCCAUUCAUUCUUUCCUUUACACGGAUCAGUCGUCCUGGUCCCUUUGCAGAAAAACAGCCCCAAAGCAUGAUGUUUCCACCCCCAUGCUUCACAGUACUUUGGAUGCAACUCAGCAUUCUUUGUCCUCCAAACACGACGAGUUGAGUUUUUACCAAAAAGUUCUAUUUUGGUUUCAUCUGACCAUAUGACAUUCUCCCAAUCCUCUUCUGGAUCAUCCAAAUGCACUCUAGCAAACUUCAGACGGACCUGGACAUGUACUGGCUUAAGCAGGGGGACACGUCUGGCACUGCAGGAUUUGAGUCCCUGGCGGUGUAGUUGUGUUACUGAUGGUAGGCUUUGUUACUUUGGUCCCAGCUCUCUGCAGGUCAUUCACUAGGUCCCCCCUUGUGGUUCUGGGAUUUUUGCUCACCGUUCUUGUGAUCAUUUUGACCCCACGGGGUGAGAUCUUGCGUGGAGCCCCAGAUCGAGGGAGAUUAUCAGUGGUCUUGUAUGUCUUCCAUUUCCUAAUAAUUGCUCCAACAGUUGAUUUCUUCAAACCAAGCUGCUUACCUAUUGCAGAUUCAGUCUUCCCAGCCUGGUGCAGGUCUACAAUUUUGUUUCUGGUGUCCUUUGACAGCUCUUUGGUCUUGGCCAUAGUGGAGUUUGGAGUGUGACUGUUUUGAGGUAGUUCAAACAGGUGCCAUUAAUACAAGUAAUGAGUGGAGGACAGAGGAGCCUCUUAAAGAAGUUACAGGUCUGUGAGAGCCAGAAAUCUUGUUUGUUUGUAGAUGACCAAAUACUUAUUUUACCACCAUAAUUUGCAAAUAAAUUCAUAAAAAAUCCUACAAUGUGAUUUUCUGGAAUUUUUUCUCUCAAUUUGUCUGUCAUAGUUGACGUGUACCUAUGAUGAAAAUUACAGGCCUCUCAUCUUUUUAAGUGGGAAAACUUGUACAAUUGGUGGCUGACUAAAUACUUUUUUUACCCACUGUAUUUCAAUUCUUACAGUAUAUAGGCUACUGUGUCAAUCAUUCAUUCAUUCAUGUCAUCACACAGCAUAUGAGUCAUUCAUGAUUUUAAAAACAGUCAACCAUUUUAGUUAUAAAAUAACAAAGCAACCCUUGAAUAAUUAGCGUAAAUAAUUAAUAAACUGUUCCAUGUCGGCAAUUGCAUUCACGAGUGCAUGCAACUGUUUUUAGUCUUUGCUGUAAUAAAGGCUUUCCUAAAAAUAAGUUACAAGAGACUCUGGUACGCUUAUCAUUUAUUUAGUGUAGUUUGUUGUUGCAAACGGUCAGAAAAAUGAUAUUGUAAUCUAAUAGCACCUGUUUGGCACACAUAAUAUGCACGCAGUGCUUGCUCCUUACCUUCUUUUUCUUGAUCUCCAGUAUUUUCCACAACUAGUCAAAUUUAUUCCACACAUCUGACUUCCCCUUUACAUCCUGAGCACGUCAUCUGCAUCCAUUUUGCUUUCCCGUAUUUCGAAGUUUGUUAUAACCAAUUUAUUGAUGAGAUUAUGAUAUGCCAUAGGUCAGGCCCUAUUGGUCACUUGCAUGCAAUGUAUACAUGUGUCAUGUAAAGAGAGCAAGGGUUGAGGGAGUAGGAAAUGUUUUUCCUAAACAAAUGAGUGAUUUUGGUACCAGAACCUUUCCGUCAGAAAUGGAUGUAAUUAUCUUGCAGCUUCAGCAACACGGACAGCGCGAUAAACACUGUUGAUGUUCUGUGGUGGUCGCUGCAGCAGGGAGGAGAGAGAGACAAUGGGUGCUAGUCACACAGUCUGAGCCCGGCCCGGCUCAAUCAAAUCAAUUGCGGUCAGACUCCCUCUAGUUAUUUGUGUGUCUUAAUUAUUUAAUCAUACUGCGCUUAAAGCAUCAGACAAGCUCAGCACAUGUAGUUGAUUUGAUUAAAACACAUAGGAUGUGUCUAUAUAUGGAAAAAUACACGUUUUAAACUUCGAUUGGUCGAGAGAACAGACGACUCUCGGUCGACAAAGAUUUAUUUUCAGUCGGGAAUAGCCCUACAUUGAAUAUCCCUUUGAGCAUGGUGACGUUAUUAAUUACACUUUGGAUGGUGUAUCAAUACACCCAGUCACUACAAAGAUACAGGCAUCCUUCCUAACUUGGUUGCCGGAGAGGAAGGAAACCGCUCAGGGAUUUCACCAUGAGGCCAAUGGUGACUUUAAAAUAGUUACAACGUUUAAUGGCUAUGAUAGGAGAAAACUGAGGAUGGAUCAACAUUGUAGUAACUCCACAAUAUUAACCUAAAUGACAAAGUGAAAAGAAGGAAGACUGUACAAUAUGGCUCUAAAGUAAAACUGCAAAAAAAUGUGGCAAAUAAAUUUACUUUAUGUCUUGAAUACAAAGUGCUAUAUUUGGGGCAAAUCCAACACAUCACUGAGUACCAAUCUUCAUAUUUUCAAGCAUGGCGGUGGUUGCAUCAUGUUAUGGGUAUGCUUGUCAGCUGCUGUCCAUUGUCUGUCCUUUGAGACACUGUUCCUCGACAGCCCUAAAAUAGACAAAUCUGGACCUCCAAAGUCAGUUCCACUGCUUUUCUUCUUCCCUUCUAAUCAGGUACUGAUUCAGACCUGGGAUACUAGGUGUGUCCAAUUAAUUAUCAGGUAGAACAGAAAACCAGCAGUGGUCCAGACCUCAUCGGGUAAGAUUUGAAUACCCCUGCUCUACAGCAAUGUUAUUUUACUUGAAAGCUUUUUAGUAUCAUGUUUUCUGAAUACCCAAUCAGCUUCCUGACCUCAAUUUACUUUUUCUGGGACGUUCAUGUUUACAAUUAACACUCUUCUUCCAGGGUACUAAUCAAAUAAGUCACCUCCACACGGCCUAAUCUAUUAUUGAGAGCGAGAGAGAAUGCGAAGGGGAAGAAUCAUUUGCGUAAGAAGGCUGGAGGGGCUGUUUACUAUCAGUUAUCAGACUGAAUGUAGGACAAAGCGUUGUGUUGUGUGUGUGCUGUUAACACAGUGAAGAAGUUGACACUAAUGAGUCACUGGUUGAGAAGAACCGCCAAAUAUAUCUGGUUAAGAUGUCUCAUAGGCCACUCUUCUGACCUAUGUUUUUUUGUGUGUGUGUGUGCGCGCACAUGUUUUUCAGGCCCUUUUGUAUACUCUGCAACACUUUUAUGUAAUUAAUUUGUGAAUCAAUCAAAUAAUUGUGAAUCAAUCGUGAUUUAAUAUUACCAUCAUUUUAGUGGACAAGCAAACUACCCCUCUGUAUCUCUGAAGUGGCAGGAACCACAUCAUAUGUAAUUUGUUUUUGAGUACUUGAUGUUAUGAGUCAUGCAGUGUUUCAGUACCCAUCAAUAGGGACAUUUCAUAGCUCAGGGGGAUUGAGGUGCUAUCAAUUAGUUUGUGCUGGAACUAUCUGCUUUUGUUUGCUGUUGUCUCUCAGCCUCCUGCCAGGCUUAAUAAUAUGUUGCACCGCCGUUCUACAAGCUGAUUAUGUAAGAAGACCAUAGUCCUAUUUAUAUGUGCAUUUUGCACUGAGAUACUGAUAAUCUACAGCCCUCAAAUUCACAUCUGGACCUCGAAGCCAGUUCCACUGCUUUGUUUAUUACAUUUACUUCCCCUCUAAUCAGGGGGUGAUUCAGACCUGGGACACCAGGUUUGUGCAAUUAAUUAUCAGGUAUAACAGAAAACCAGCAGUGGUCCGAACUAGGGUUGGGCGUCCAUACCGUUUUUAAUAAAUCUGAAUAUUUGUACGUUUUCAAUAAAUAAAUACCUGCAGUCAACUUGUCCACUAGGUAAUAGAUAAAACAGAUGGCAUUCAUAAUUACGCCUGUUAGAUUUUUCAUUUUGAAUCUUACCAGUACUAGUUUCCCAAAACAGCUGUUUGAGUCAGUCACUUGUUUGUUUACAAAGUAGCACAACGAGUGUUCACGACUCCCUCCUGGUUCGGGCAGGCUUCGGCGUUCGUCGUCACCGGAGUACUAGCUACUGCCGAUCCCAUUCUCAUCACUCCACUUGUCUUGUCACACACACCUGGUGCUCAUUUCCCUAAUUAGUAUGUGUAUAAGUGUUCCCUCUGUUCCCCUUGCCUUUGUGAGUGAUUGUUUUGUUGUGAGAGCGUGUAGCUCGGUUGAGCUACAUUUCACUGUGUUAUUUGCCAAGGUGGAUGUUUUCCCUUGUACAGUUUCGUUUGACGCUUGGGGCGUUUGAUUUAUGCAAACGGAUAAAACUCUGGACUUUGGUAUUUUACGUCCUGCGCCUGACUCCUUCUUUCACACCUCGUCACAGAAUCACUCACCUGAUCUGAUAUGGAGUCAGCAGGAGAAGACCGCAUGCCAGGAGUUGUGGCAAGGGUCCAGGAGCAUUCCUCGAUGUUGGCCAGCUUGGGGGAAGCGAUGGAUCGGGUUCGUCAGGUGGUAGAACGCCUGGAGAAGAGAGGAUCCGAUCUAUCGAGACCAGCUGGUCAACCGGAUCCAGCCACCUACACCCCAGCCCCUGGAGGGAUCCAGAUAUCCCGGCCACCGGCGUUUGACCGGACUGCAGCGCGAUGUAAGGGAUUCCUACUCCAACUGGAGUUGUAUUUCUCCAGCAUCAGGCCAGAGCCCCGGGAGCGGGAGAAGGUAUCCGUCCUCGUUUCCUGCCUUUGUGGGAGAGCCCUGGAGUGGGCCAACGCGGUAUGGAACAAGGGAGGUACCACGUUAGAGAACUACGGGGAGUUUGCUCGCCUCUUUCGGGACGUUUUUGAUCAACCGCCUGAGGGUCGAGAGGCAGGCAAACGACUGGUUCAUCUAAGGCAGGGGACGAGGACCGCUCAGGACUACACGCUGGAGUUCCGCUGGGUCCGGGUGGAACGAGCGGGCCCUGAUAGACCAUUUCCAGUGCCACCUAAGGGAGGACGUCCGACGGGAGCUAGCCUGCUGGGAUGCCAUGCUAUCGAUCUCCCAACUGGUGGACAUGGCCAUCCGGCUGGACAAUCUGCUAGCAGCCAGAGGACGUCCUGGUAGGGGUCUUCCCAUUCCCCCUCCGGACGACUCUGACCCCGAGCAGAUGGAGCUGGGGGGAGCUGCCGGUCGAGAGAGCACAGGAGGACAGCGACAGUGCCACUCUGGUGGCACGAAGGGACAAUCCACCUCACGUCGCAGUCAACGUUUGUUUGGGUCUGGAGGCGGUAGGCAGGGUACUCACGCAUCACCCCAGGUAACGAACACCCAAACGUGUUCAGAGCCUGGGCACACUGUACUUUAUCUAUCUCCUUUCCAGAUCACUUGGUAGGUUCCCAGUGUAAGGCGCUAGUCGAUUCAGGCGCAGCUGGGAAUUUUAUGGACAGGGCAUUUGCACACUGUCAAGGCAUUUCAUUGGUUCCCCUAACCAUUCCACUCCCCAUCAGAGCACUAGAUAGUCGACCAUUAGGGUCUGGGUUGGUUAAGGAAGUUACUGUACAAGUCACCAUGAUUACGCAGGAGACACUUGUUGAGCAGAUCACCUUUAUGAUUAUUGAGUCUCCUGCUUACCCUGUAGUCUUGGGUAUCCCAUGGUUAGCCCUUCACAACCCCAAUUUCUCAUAGCCGCAGAGGGUUCUGACGGGGUGGUCGUGUGAGUGUCCGGGUAGGUGUCUAGGUGUUUCCAUUGGUGCGACCACAUGGAAAGUCCAGACGGUACCCCCACCGUGCGCAUUCCCUCCGAAUACCAUGAUCUGGCGCUCGCGUUUUCCACCUCAUCGGGAGGGGGAUUGCGCGAUAAACCUUCGGGUAGAUGCUGUACCUCCCAGGAGUCAUGUGUAUCCCCUGUCGCAGGCUGAAACGGAGGCUAUGGAAAUAUACGUCACCGAGUCCCUGCGCCAGGGGUAUAUACGUCCCUCCACUUCACCUGCCUCCUCGAGUUUCUUCUUUGUGAAGAAGAAAGAUGGCGGUUUACGCCCGUGCAUUGAUUAUCAACCACUGAAUAAUGUGACUGUACGAUUUAGUUAUCCUCUUCCCCUCAUUCCUUCAGUGAUUGAGUCAAUGCAUGGGGCCCGUUUUUUCACCAAAUUAGGCGUUUGAUUUAUGCAAACGGAUUAAACUCUGGACUUCGGUAUUUUACCUCCUGCGCCUGACUCCUUCUUUCACAACGAGCAAAACAGGAGUUUAUUGGGUUAGUUUACUGCAGCGCAACUUAAGUGAGGUGAUCAAGUUACACUUGUAUGAAAUUCACUACUAAUGUUUGCCAGCUAUAUAUCUUAAACUAUUACAUUAACUACACUAUAUAUACAAAAGUAUGUGGACACCCCUUCAAAUUACUGGAUUUAGCUAUUUCAGCCACACCUGUUGCUGACAGGUGUGUAAAAUCGAGCACACAGCCAUGCAAUCUCCAUAGACAAAACAUUGGCAGUAGAAUUGCCUUACUGAAGAGCUCAGUGACUUUCAACGUGGAACCGUAAUAGGAUGCCACUUUUCCAACAAGUCAGUUUGUCAAAUUUCUGCCCUGCUAGAGCUGCAAGUGCUGUUAUUGUGAAGUGUAAAAGUCUAGGAGCCACAACGGCUCAGCUGCAAAGUGGUAGGCCACACAAGCUCACAGAAUGGGACCACCGAGUGCUGAAGCACGUAAAAAUAUCGUCUGUCCUCGGUUGCAAAACUCACUACCAAGUUCCAAACUGCCUCUGGAAGCAACGUCAGCACAAGAACUGUUGGUCGGGAGCUUCAUGAAAUGGGUUUCCAUGGCUGAGCAGCCUCACACAACCCUAAGAUCACCAUGUUCAAUGCCAAGCUUCGGCUGGAGUGGUGUAAAGCUCGCCGCCAUUGGACUCUGGAGCAGUGAAAAUGCGUUCUCUGGAGUGAUGAAUCCCGUUUCACCAUCUGGCAGACCGACAGACAAAUCUGGUUUGGCGGAUGCCAGGAGAAUGCUACCUGACCCAAUGCAUAGUGCCAACUGUAAAGUUUGGUGGAGGUGGAAUAAUGGUUUGGGGCUGUUUUUAGUGGUUCAGGCUAGGUGCCUUAGUUCCAGUGAAGGGAAAUCUUAACGCUACUGCAUACAAUGACAUUCUAGACAAUUUUGUGGUUCCAACUUUGUGGCAACAGUUUGGGGAAGGCCCUUUCCUGUUUCAGCAUGACAAUGCCCCCGUGGACAAAGCGAGGUCCAUACAGAAAUGGUUUGUCGAUCAGUGUGGAAGAACUUGAAUGGCCUGCACAGAGCCCUGACCUCAACCCCAUCGAACACCUUUGGGAUGAAUUGGAACGCUGACUGUGACCCAGGCCUAAUCACCUAACAUCAGUGCCCGACCUCACUAAUGCUCUUGUGGCUGAAUGGAAGCAAGUCCCCGCAUCAAUGUUCCAACAUCUAGUGGAAAGCCUUCCCAGAAGAGUGGAGGCUGUUAUAGCAGCAAAGGGGGACCAACUUUAUAUUAAUGCCCAUGAUUUUGGAAUGAGAUGUUCGACGAGCAGGUGUCCACAUACAUGUAGCGUGUCUAAGAUGUGCCAAAUCAAUUCUCUCCAGCUGGGUUUUGCUAACUUCCUAAUGUAAACUUUGGCUAACGUUAGCUUGCUAGAUGAAGCUUCUUGGUAACAGCAGCAGAGACAUCCCCUCCUGGAUUAAGAUCCCUGCUGUCUAAUUUUUGUUUUGUUUGUGCUGCAAACUGGGUUUUGAGAUACUUGCAUAACUUUAUGAGCUGUUUUGUCUGUCUUAGUAGUAAAUGUUUGCAUGCGCUCAUUAGCAUUUACCUAGCAUCCGCUAUCGGCAUUCCUUAGUACUUGUUAGCAUUUUGUUAGCAUUCUGGUAAAUUAUGUUUUUGGGGCUUUUUUACGUUUGAAAAAAAUUGCGUAAUACUGUAUAUACUUGGAUGGCACAGGCACGGAAGUAUCCUACGAAGCAGGUUUUAGAAGUUACAGAGGAAACUUUGGUCAACUCUGCGUUCAACUCGGGGUAACCAGUCAUAUGAAAGUGGCUCACCUUUUAGCCAGGUCAAUUUCUGUGGUAACUAAUCCUUCAGAACUAACCUGCUCCGGGGUGGGUUAACUCACGGCUAACUCCACUUUAACCUGAAUGAACUGACUGAGCCACGAGUUGAGGACCAAUGAAAUUGGAUUCCCUCCCUCUUGGAAAGAUUGCGUCAUCAUCCCCUUCAUUUGAGGAAUGUUAAUGUUAUAAUAUAUUACAUUACAUAUUUAGUAAUGACAGAAUGCAUUUUAAACUUCACACGAUGUAACACUUUUGUAUGACUUAAUUAAAAACAAAUAUCGAUAAGAGUGGAAAAGGUGCAUGUGCAUUUUUUUGUAUUUAUUAGGAUUCCCAAUUAGCUGCUGCCGAGGCAGCGGCUACUCUUCCUGGGGUCCAAACAGGAAACAACACAACAAAUAAAUUACAAAAUAUACAUACAUAGCACUACAUUUACAUUACAAUUUAGCCAUCCAGCAGACGCUCCCGUCCAAAACGACCCACAGCUAGUACAUUCAUCUUAAGAUAGCCAGGCAAUACAACCACAUAUCACAGUCGUAUCCCAACCACGUAUCACAUUUUUUAAAUUUUUACUUUUAGCAAACGCUCUUAUCCAGAGUGCAUAUAUUUUCGUACUGGUCCCCCGUAUGAAUCAAACCCUCAUCCCUGGCGUUGCUCUACCAGCUGAGCCACAUGGGACCAUAUCACAUACUGUACAAAAUACAAUGCAAAAUAGAAUACAAAAUGUAUAAACAUUUCUGACUCUUCACGGUCCCUGUCGUGCUGUAAAGUGUUCUUUUAUCUGGUUUUUGAAUCUGGUUUUAUUGCUAGCUUGAAUUACCUGGGGUGGCAGAGUUCCAUUUAGUCAUGGCUCUGUUUAAUACUGUGUGUUUCCCAGCCUCUGUUCUGUACCUGGGGACUGUGAAGAGACCUCUGGUUGCAUGUCUUUUGUGAUACCGAUGAGUGUCCGAACUGUGUGCCAGCUGCUUGAACAGAAAGUUUAGUACCUGCAACACAUCAACAUUGAUAAGCACACCGAAUCAAAUAAAAUGUUAUUUGUCAUAUGCACGUGUUUAGCAGAUGUUAUUGCAGGUGUAGCGAAAUGCUUGUGCUUCUAGCUCCGACAGUGCAGUAAUAUCUAACAAGUAAUAUCUAACAAUUUCACAACGUAUACCCAACACACACAGUUCUAGUAAGGAAUGGGAUUUAAGAAUAUAUACAUAUAUGGACAAGCAAUGACAGAGCGGCAUGGACUAAGAUACAGUAGAAUAUUAUAGAAAAGAAUACAGUAUAUACAUAUGAGAUGAGUAGUGCAAGAUAUGUAAACAUUAUUAAAGUGACUAGUGUUCCAUUUCUUAAAGUGGCCAGUGAUUUCAAUAGGCAGCAGCAGCCUCUGUGUUAGUGAUGGCUAUUUAACAGUCUGAUGGCCUUGAGAUAGAAGCUGUUUUUCAUUCUCUCGGUCCCAGCUUUGAUGCACCUGUACUGACCUCGCCUUCUGGAUGAUAGCGGGGUGAACAAGCAGUGGCUCGGGUGGUUGAUGUCCUUGAUGAUCUUUUUGGCCUUCCUGUGACAUUGGGUGCUGUAGGUGUCUUGGAGGGCGGGUAGUUUGCCCCCGGUAAUGCGUUCAGCAGAUCGCACCACACUCUGGAGAGCCCUGCGGUUGCAGGCGGUGCAGUUGCCGUACCAGGCGGUGAUACAGCCCGACAGGAUGCUCUCAAUUGUGCAUCUGUAAAGGUUUGUGAGGGUUUUAGGUGCCAAGCUAAACUUCUUCAGCCUCCUGAUGUUGAAGAGGCUCUGUUGCUCCUUCUUCACCACACUGUCUGCGUGGGUGGACCAUUUCAGUUUGUCAGUGAUGUGUACGCCAAGGAACUUGAAGCUUUCCACCUUCUCCACUGCGGUCCUGUCGAUGUGGAUAGGGGGGUGCACCCUCUGCUGUUUCCUGAAGUCCACGAUCAUCUCCUUUGUUUUUGUUGACGUUGAGUGAGAGGUUAUUUUCCUGGCACCACACUCAAAGAGCCCUCACCUCCUCCCUGUAGGCAGUCUCGUCAUUGUUGGUAAUCAAGCCUACUACUGUUGUGUCGUCUGCAAACUUGAUGAUUGAGUUGGAGGCGUGCUUGGCCAUGCAGUCAUGGGUGAACAGGGAGUACAGGAGGGGGCUGAGCACGCACCCUUGUGGGGCCCCAGUGUUGAGGAUCAGGGAAGUGGAGAUGUUGUUUCCUACCUUCACCACCUGGGGGCGGCCGGUCAGGAAGUCCAGGACCCAGUUGCACAGGGCUGGGUUCAGACCCAGGGCCUCAAGCUUAAUGAUGAGCUUGGAGGGUACUAUGGUGUUGAAUGCUGAGCUAUAGUCAUUGAACAGCAUUCUUACAUAGGUAUUCCUCUUGUCCAGAUGGGAUAGGACAGUGUGAUGGCGAUUGCAUCGUCUGUGGAUCUAUUGGGGCGGUAAGCAAAUUGAAGUGGGUCUAGGGUGACAGGUAAGGUAGAGGUGAUAUGAUCCUUGACUAGUCUCUCAAAGCACUUCAUGAUGACAGAGGUGAGGCGAUAGUCAUUUAGUUCAGUUACCUCUGUUUCUUGGGUACAGGAACAAUGGUGGCCAUCUUGAAGCAUGUGGGAACAGGAGACUGGGAAAGGGAGAGAUUUAAUAUGUCCGUAAACACACCAACCAGCUGGUCUGCGCAUGCUCUGAGGACGCGGCUAGGGCUGCCGUCUGGCAUUAACGAUAAGUAAUAAAAUAGAGGGCACUUCUAAAAGCCUAUUUCACACCAUAGCCUGCCGAAUUUGCAAGAUAUAACCUUUCUUUCAUUUUGAUUUCGGCACAAAUGAACAUGUGGCACUGACUUGCCCACAUAUUGACAUUUCAGCAUUGUGUCAAUGAAGAGUUGGGUGUUCAACUAGUCAUUUGCAACAUGCACACGUAGUUACAAGCCUGCUAGAGUUAGCGGCAGGCGGAUAAGCAAUAUCCUUCAUCCUAGCACGGAUGAAGCCUGAGCUGGAUUGUGAAGCUAACUGAAGCUGGUCAACUUUAGGAAACACUGAGUAGCUCUAGCUUGCUUCAUAGGAUACCCCUCUGCUCUACAGCAAUGUUCUUUUACUUUUAAAAUGUUGCUGCUUUUUAGCAUUAUGUUCUCUGAACAGGCAAUCAGUUACCUGACCUCAAUUAACCUUCUCUGGGAUGUUCAUGUUUACAAUUAACAUUCUUCUUCCAGGGUAUUAUUCAAAUAAGUCAACUCCAUGUGUCCUAAUCUAUGAUUGAGAGAGAGAAUGCGGAGUGGAACACUCAAUUGCUUAACAAAGCUGGAGGUUGUCACUAUCAGUUGUCAGACUGAAUGUAGGACAAAGCAUUUGUGUGUUGUGUGUGUGCUGUUAACGCGGUGAUGAAGUUGACACUAAUGAGUCACUGGUGGAGGGGAACAGCCAGGGAGGUGGAUCUAUCUGGUGAAGACAUCUCAUAGGCCUCUCUUCUGACUACUUUUGUGAGCCCAGAAGACCAUAGGCCUAAUAUAUAAUUUACAAUGAACUCUUCAUGUAAAUGUCCUGUACUUUGGGCUAGGUUUUAGAUAGAUAAUUUUCAGUUUUGGCAUCUGUAUUUAGAUCUGUUAAGAGUGUCUGGUAAUUGACUAAAAUGUAAAUGUAGCCUAAAUAUUUUGUUUUUAAUAAGUUUGUUUAAUAUACAGUGAGGGGAAAAAAGUAUUUGAUCCCCUGCUGAUUUUGUACGUUUGCCCACUGACAAAGAAAUGAUCAGUCUAUAAUUUUAAUGGAAGGUUUAUUUGAACAGUGAGAGACAGAAUAACAACAACAAAAUCCAGGAAAACGCAUGUAAAAAAUGUUAUAAAUUGAUUAGCAUUUUAAUGAGGGAAAUAAGUAUUUGAUCCCCUCUCAAUCAGAAAGAUUUCUGGCUCCCAGGUGUCUUUUAUACAGAUAACAAACUGAGAUUAGGAGCAGACUCUUAAAGGGAGUGCUCCUAAUCUCAGUUUGUUACCUGCAUAAAAGACACCUGUCCACAGAAGCAAUCAAUCAAUCAGAUUCCAAACUCUCCACCAUGGCCAAGACCAAAUAUCUCUCCAAGGAUGUCAGGGACAAGAUUUUAGACCUACACAAGGCUGGAUUGGGCUACAAAACCAUCGCCAAGCAGCUUGGUGAGAAGGUGACAACAGUUGGUGCGAUUAUUCGCAAAUGGAAGAAACACAAAAUAACUGUCAAUCUCCCUCAGCCUGGGGCUCCAUGCAAGAGUUGCAAUGAUCAUGAGAACGGUUAGGAAUCAGCCCAGAACUACAUGGGAGGAUCUUGUCAAUGAUCUCAAGGCAGCUGGGACCAUAGUCACCAAGAAAACAAUUGGUAACACUACACCGUGAAGGACUGAAAUCCUGCAGCGCCCGCAAGGUCCCCCUGCUCAAGAAAGCACAUAUACAUGCCCGUCUGAAGUUUGCCAAUGAACAUCUGAAUGAUUCAGAGGAGAACUGGGUGAAAGUGUUGUGGUCAGAUGAGACCAAAAUCGAGCUCUUUGGCAUCAACUAAACUCGCUGUGUUUGGAGGAGGAGGAAUGCUGCCUAUGACCCCAAGAACACCAUCCCCACCGUCAAACAUGGAGGUGGAAACAUUAUGCUUUGGGGGGUGUUUUUCUGCUAAGGGGACAGGACAACAUCACUGCAUCAAAGGGACGAUGGACGGGGCCAUGUACCGUCAAAUCUUGGGUGAGAACCUCCUUCCCUCAGACAGGGCAUUGAAAAUGGGUCGUGGAUGGGUAUUCCAGCAUGACAAUGACCCAAAACACAAGGCCAAGGCAACAAAGGAGUGGCUCAAGAAGAGGCACAUUAAGGUCCUGGAGUGGCCUAGCCAGUCUCCAGACCUUAAUCCCAUAGAAAAUCUGUGGAGGGAGCUGAAGGUUCGAGUUGCCAAACGUCAGCCUCGAAACCUUAAUGACUUGGAGAAGAUCUGCAAAGAGGAGUGGGACAAAAUCCCUCCUGAGAUGUGUGCAAACCUGGUGACCAACUACAAGAAACGUCUGACCUCUGUGAUUGCCAACAAGGGUUUUGCCACCAAGUACUAAGUCAUGUUUUGCAGAGGGGUCAAAUACUUAUUUCCCUCAUUAAAAUGCAAAUCAAUUUAUAACAUUAAAAUUAUUGACUAAUCAUGUCUUUGUCAGUGGGCAAAUGUACAAAAUCAGCAGGGGAUCAAAUACUUUUUUCCCUCACUGUAUAUUGUAGGACCAGCAUUUUAUUCUGAUAGUUGUAGGAGUUUCUGGAUGCUGAGAAUAAUGAAGAGGGGCAGCAGUAGGGGGAAUGUAGCACCAAUGUGACAGUGAGCGGACGGCUAUUGCAUGUUGUUUCUUCCAGCCAAUUGGCAAUGCAUUGUGACAGGCCAUUUUUAGCAGUGUUUUAGCUUUAGCUUCACUUCUCUGUCAUGCCAACACCCCUGGGCUUCUUGCACAUUUCUCAUUUUACCUUAUCAUGCGAAAGGUGCCUUGGCAUCAACGUGAAGUGCUGCACUUACAUACAUUCACCGUACGGUACAUCCUCCUUGUGUGAACUUGCCGUGUCCUGUCACUUUACAGAAGUGAUGUCACUAGCGGUCCUCAGAGUGGCUGAAAAGCUUUCCUUCGCUGUGGUGAAGGAUGACCUCAGGGCCACCGGGACCCUUCCUGUCUCUCUAGGGCUAAAAGAAACAUGUUGCUGCUUUUUCCCCUUUCAAAUCGAAGAAGUACACUUAUUCCUGGUUGGCGUAUCUAAUCAACCUCAAUGCAUAUGACUAAUUUGUCACAGGAUCGAUAGUUUAUUUCUCUGAGGAAUGAAGCAUUUCCAUAAUGAGAUUAGGUGUUGGCUACUUUAAUGUUAUAGUGGAAUAGCCUUGGGGACAGAUGCUAACAUGUCCUUGCUGCUGUGAAUGAAGAAUGAAGGUGCCUAAAUCAUUCCUAGAUCAUUCUGACUCAGAUUCUCUCGCUCUCACUGAAGGUGACAAGACAGAUCACAAAUUGUCAAAACCUACUGCCCCUCUGGUCCCCCCCAAGAAGCCUGUACCCCCGCCAGGCAAGGGAAGACCAGGCAGCUUCCCUCCAAAACUACCAGACAAGCCUCUCACACCCUCCACAGGGGCCAAGUAAGUCUCUCCGUCCUUCUGCCCGUCCUUCUUUUCUUCCAUCCCUCCCUCUGUUCAAACAUCCAUUCGGCCACUGUCUGAGCCGUCUAGGGUCACAUACACUUCACGUUGAGGAUGGACAACAUUGCCUAGUUCUGACUCAUGCCUCUGUUGCAUAAUGAUGUUUGGAUAAUAAUGUUAAUACACUAAUGUAAACACUAACAAACCAGUGUAUUUAGUUUCUUUGUUUGUCAUGCCGUUGGACAUUGUAUGCCUUCUGAAUGAUUGUAUUCACGCUGAAAAUAUGCUGUUUUCUAAGUCUACAGGUAAUAAAGCUAGAAUCCUUCAUUUUUCUAGGCGCACUAAUGCUCCUAAAUUAAAAUUCCAGGUCGCACAACAAAAUAUUCAGGCAAUAUGCAAAUAAAAUGGUCUCACUGUAGAGCCCUGCAUAACUCUGAGCCAUCAGGAUUGCAUUACUACCACUACUGUUUACAACUGUUACUAAUGGUACUACUGAUGUUGUUUCCCCCCUCUUCUACAGGCACAAUGGAGAGGUGCCUUCCACGCGGCCAAAGUCUGACUUUGAGCCAACAUUACCCAGCAAACCAAAAACGCUGUCCGGUGAAUGGGGGGACAAAGCCCUUGACAUGGGUAUGUAUGGCUCCGCUGAAGUGAACUUUUUAUUUUGAGGACAUUCUGUGCAGUAAGACCUUGAACAAGACAUGCAGUGAAACGUUCAUUUGGGGUCCCGAACGUAUACACUUAACUUCCACAAUUAUAAGGCUCCAUGACAUCAUCAUUAUACUGAACAAAAAUAUAAAUGCAACAUGCAACAAUUUCAACAAUUGUACUGAGUUACAGUUCAUAUAAGGAAAUCAGUCAAUUUAAAUAAAUUCAUUAGCCCCUAAUCUAUGGAUUUGACAUGACUGGGCAGGGGCGCUGCCAUGGUUGGGCCUGGGAGGGCAUAGGCCCACCCACCUGGGAGCCAGGCUCACCCACUGGGGAGCCAGGCCCAGCCAAUCAGAAUAUGUUUUUCCCCACAAUAGGGCUUUAUUACAGACAGAAAUACUCCUCAGUUUCAUCAGCUGUCCGGGUGGCUAGUCUCAGACGAUCCCGCAGGUGCGACCGGGAGACACAUGGGGCGGCGCACAAUUGGCCCAGCGUCGUCUAGGGUAGGGGAGGGAAUGGAAUGGCCGGCAGGGAUGUAGCUCAGUUGGUAGAGCAUGGCGUUUGCAACGCCAGGGUUGUGGGUUCGAUUCCCACGGGGGGUAUAAAAAUAUAUAUAUAUAUGUAUGCACUCACUAACUGUAAGUCGCUCUGGAUAAGAGCGUCUGCUAAAUGACUAAAAUGUAAUGUAAAUGUAAGAAGCCGAAUGUGGAGUUCUUGGGCUGGCGUGGUUACAUGUGUUCUGUAGUUGUUAGACCGGUGGGACCUACUGCCAAAUUCUCUAAAAUGACGUUGGAGGCGACAUAUGGUAGAGAAAUUAACAUUGAAUUCUCUGGCAACAGCUCUGGUGGACAUUCCUGCAGUCCGCAUGCCAAUUGCACGCUACCUCAAAACCUGAGACAUCUGUGGCAUUGUCUUGUGUGAGAGAACUGCACAUUUUAGUGGCCUUUUAUUGUCCCCAGCACCUGUGUAUUGAUCAUGCUGUUUAAUCAGCUUCUUCAUAUGCCAGCCACACCUGUCAGGUGGAUAUAUUAUCUUGGCAAAGCAAUAAUGCUCACUAACAGGGAUGUAAACAAAUUUCUGCAAACAUUUUGAAAUAAAUAAGCUUUUUGUGCAUAUGGACAAUUUAUGGGAUCUUUUAUUUCAGGUCAUGAAACAUGGGACCAACACUUUACAUGUUGCGUUUAUAUUUUUGUUCAGUAUAGUUAUGCUCAGCUUGCUCCAAAGACAGGGUCACAUUUAAUCUAUAAAACCAUUACACUCUCCAAACUUCAUAGGUAGAAUGUUUCUUUGGGUGUAAAACCAGUUAGUCCUUUUAAUCCUUAAAGAAUACCUUUUCUUUUUUUAAACAAAAUGUAAAUUGCAUGUUAUUGAAGGGUCCAGACACCUUUUUUGUGAUUUCACGUUUUAAAGAAACUUACCCCAAAUACAGUGGGGGAAAAAUGAUUUAGUCAGCCACCAAUUGUGCAAGUUCUCCCACUUAAAAAGAUGAGAGAGGCCUGUAAUUUUCAUCAUAGGUACACGUCAACUAUGACAGACAAAAUGAGAAAAGAAAAUCCAGAAAAUCACAUUGUAGGAUUUUUUAUGAAUUUAUUUGCAAAUUAUGGUGGAAAAUAAGUAUUUGGUCAAUAACAAAAGUUUCUCAAUACUUUGUUAUAUACCCUUGGUUGGCAAUGACACAGGUCAAACGUUUUCUGUAAGUCUUCACAAGGUUUUCACACACUGUUGCUGGUAUUUUCGGCCCAUUCCUCCAUGCAGAUCUCCUCUAGUGCAGUGAUGUUUUGGGGCUGUCGCUGGGCAACACGGACUUUCAACUCCCUCCAAAGGUUUUCUAUGGGGUUGAGAUCUGGAGACUGGCUAGACCACUCCAGGACCUUGAAAUGCUUCUUACAAAGCCACUCCUUCGUUGCCCGGGAGGUGUGUUUGGGAUCAUUGUCAUGCUGAAAGAGCCAGCCACGUUUCAUCUUCAAUGCCCUUGCUGAUGGAAGGAGGUUUUCACUCAAAAUCUCACGAUACAUGGCCCCAUUCAUUCUUUCCUUUACACGGAUCAGUCGUCCUGGUCCCUUUGCAGAAAAACAGCCCCAAAGCAUGAUGUUUCCACCCCCAUGCUUCACAGUAGGUAUGGUGUUCUUUGGAUGCAACUCAGCAUUCUUUGUCCUCCAAACACGACGAGUUGAGUUUUUGCCAAAAAGUUAUAUUUUGGUUUCAUCUGACCAUAUGACAUUCUCCCAAUCCUCUUCUGGAUCAUCCAAAUGCACUCUAGCAAACUUCAGACGGGCCUGGACAUGUACUGGCUUAAGCAGGGGGACACGUCUGGCACUGCAGGAUUUGAGUCCCUGGCGGUGUAGUGUGUUACUGAUGGUAGGCUUUGUUACUUUGGUUCCAGCUCUCUGCAGGUCAUUCACUAGGUCCCCCCCGUGUGGUUCUGGGAUUUUUGCUCACCGUUCUUGUGAUCAUUUUGACCCCACGGGGUGAGAUCUUGCAUGGAGCCCCAGAUCGAGGGAGAUUAUCAGUGGUCUUGUAUGUCUUCCAUUUCCUAAUAAUUGCGCCCACAGUUGAUUUCUUCAAACCAAGCUGCUUACCUAUUGCAGAUUCAGUCUUCCCAGCCUGGUGCAGGGCUACAAUUUUGUUUCUGGUGUCCUUUGACAGCUCUUUGGUCUUGGCCAUAGUGGAGUUUGGAGUGUGACUGUUUGAGGUUGUGGACAGGUGUCUUUUAUACUGAUAACAAGUUCAAACAGGUGCCAUUAAUACAGGUAACGAGUGGAGGACAGAGGAGCCUCUUAAAGAAGAAGUUACAGGUCUGUGAGAGCCAGAAAUCUUGCUUGUUUGUAGGUGACCAAAUACUUAUUUUCCACCAUAAUUUGCAAAUAAAUUCAUUAAAAAUCCUACAAUGUGAUUUUCUGGAUUUGUUUUUCUCAAUUUGUCUGUCAUAGUUGACGUGUACCUAUGAUAAAAAUUACAGGCCUCUCUCAUCUUUUUAAGUGGGAGAACUUGCACAAUUGGUGGCUGACUAAAUACUUUUUUCCCCCACUGUACAUCCUUUCAGAAACGGCAAAGCUCUCAGUAUAGGGAUGCAGGUCUGUAGAAAUUGUCAUUCCAAACGUUAUCCCCCACCUUAUAUUCCAUUUUGUUGCGACUCGUGCGAUACCUCUCCAUCCAUUUUACAGGUAACUGCCAAAAUAAAGGAAACACGUGAGUAAAUGGGGGAUACAAAGUAUAUUGAAAAUAGGGUUGUCAAGAUACCAGUAUCGCGAUACUCAGAGGGAUCGCGAUACUCAGAGGUAUCGUGGCAAAGAAACAAAACAUGAAGUGGACUGAAUUUCCUGAGGAAAACAGUCCUAAUGUUGGAAACAAACAGCCUUAUGUUGUCACCCAGAAUCACACGUUUCUUUUCCAAGCUAUAGCACACAAUAUUUUACAAACAGUAGGUUUUUUAAAGGACCAAAGAGUUUAGUCUGCUUUGUGUUUUCCUUUUUAACAAGGAAAAUCAUGUAUUGUAGUAUCACAAUGCUGUUAUCGUGACAACCCUAAUUGAAAGCAUGGGGCGCUUCCACACAGGAAGUUCCAGACACUUGUAGAAUCUAUGCCAAGGUGCAUUGAAGCAGUUCUGGUGACUCGUAGUGGCCCAACGCCCUAUUAAGACACUAUAUGUUGGUGUUUCCUUUAUCUUGGCAGUUACCUGUAGCAGCAGGCUACACGUAAAAUGGAACCACUCGAGUCACCCAAAAGGGAAUAAACAUUGCUUUUAACGCUCGGAAUUACACAAUUUCAUGUGUACAACAUCUAAAGACCUGCAUCACUAUACUGAGAGCUUGGCCGUUUCUUAAAGGAUGUUUUUCUUUUGUUGGGAGAUUGUGUUCAUGUUUUUUCAAGGCUUUUGCUAACAUUAUGCAUAUUGUAUGUGAUUGAUUUGCCCUUUGAAGCGUACCGGUAGAUUGACAAUUAUUCUGUAUCACAGAUGAAAAUACUUUGACACAUUAUCAAAUGCUCUAAGGUAUAUGGACAGCUUUGCCCGUUAAAUCCCAAAUUACUCUAAAAAUAUAUAUUUUUAGAGUUGUUGUUGCUAAUGUGUUGAUUUAAUCCUCUAAACCCAUGGAAAGAUCAUUUUUCAGCUUGUGUCCUGAGUCCAGGAGUUGGGGAGAAUUGAGGGAUGAAGGAGGAUAGACGGAUAGAGAAAGAGGAAAGGGAGGGAGGUUGCUUCUGUUUACAUCACCUCUCGUUUCAUGCCAAGGACAAUCACAAACAGGAAAAACAUUAAGAGAAGAGCUUUUAGGAAGAGAGAAAGGGAUGGAGAGAGACAGAAAGGUGAGGGAGGACGAGGGAGUUUAGGUGAGGAGAGUUCUCAGAAUGUAGGUGGAGGGCCGACGCCGAAAACAGUGAAGUUGAUCGAUAUAUGUCAAGGGUGGAGCUGAUAAUUAUUUUUUGUAUAUGACAGUGAAAUAUUCUUAUGAUUACUGUCAAAUUUGUUGGCACCUUCAAUUCGUGCUCAUUUUCUCAAAAAAAAAAGUAUAUUUCAACACUGUCUGCUCAGGCAAAUUUGCAAACUGCUAAACUUGGAACCAAUCAGAACUCCCGUACAUACCCCUCGUGAUGAAGGCAGCCAAUGGCCUGCUUCCAUCUAAAGGUGUAAACAUUCCAUCUAAAGGUGUAAACACAGCCUACAAUGAAAUCGUGAUCUGCUGUCAGUGUGUUAAGAGGAACUAAUGUUAGGUCCCAAAAACUGAAAUAAGAUGAUCUGUUUUUGAGUGCACUUCAGAUAUGCAGCAUGCAUAUGAAGAGGUAACUCUAUUGACCAUUUUGUCAAUUUAUUGAAAGCUAGCCUAUGUUAGAGUUAACUAGCAUAGCCAAUAGCCAGCUAAUAAUGUAAACUUCAAUGUGCCUGCUCAGAAAACUAGUGUUUCAUUAGCUAUCUCAGUCAGUUAAUUAAAUGUUUUAUCAUGUUUUGGCAUGAUUGUCUCAUUUCAAGUAACUAGCUGCAGGCUUAAAUAAACAUUUAAUUAUAUAAUUUGCAUAAAAAAAUAUAUAAAUAAAUGGAUGUAGAUAGAAAGAUGUGUGUGUGUCAUGUAUGCUAGAAUGAAGGUUUAAAAACAACAGCUACAUAUGCAAAUUAGCCAAUACAUAUGGCAUAGCCUACACAUACUCAGUGGCCAGUUUAUUAGGUACACCCAUCUAGUACCGGGUUGGCCUCCAGAACAGCCUGAAUUCUUUGUGGUAUGGAUUCUACAAGGUGUGGCUUUCAAAUGUUGCUCAAUUGGUAUCAACAGACCUAACAUGUGCCAGGAAAACAUUCCCCACACCAUUACAACACCGCCACCAGCCUGUACAGCUAAAAACAAGAAGAAGCGGCUCCACUAGGCACACGAUCACCAACACUGGACAAUUGAGGAGUGGAAAAACGUCGCCUGAUCCAACAAAUACCAGUUCCUGUUGCAUCAUGCUGAUGACAGAGUCAGGAUUUAGCGUAAGCAGCAUUAGUCCAUGGCCCCAUCCAGACCUAACAUGUGCCAGGAAAACAUUCCCCACACCAUUACAACACCGCCACCAGCCUGUACAUUCUCCUUCGACCGCUCAUCAACAAGCUGUUCAACUGUACAGGCUGGUGGCGGUGUUGUAAUGGUGUGGGGAAUGUUUUCCUGGCACAUGUUAGGUCUGGAUGGGGCCAUGGACUAAUGCUGCUUACGCUAAAUCCUGACUCUGUCAUCAGCAUGAUGCAACAGGAACUGGUAUUUGUUGGAUCAGGCGACGUUUUUCCACUCCUCAAUUGUCCAGUGUUGGUGAUUGUGUGCCUAGUGGAGCCGCUUCUUCUUGUUUUUAGCUGAUAGGAGUGGAACCCGGUGUGGUUGUCUGCUGCAAUAGCCCACCAGUGACAAGGACCGACGAGUUGUGCUUUCCGAGAUGCUGUUCUGCACACCGCUAUUUGCCUGUUUGUGGCCAGAUUCUUGCCAUUCUCCUUCGACCGCUCAUCAACAAGCUGUUUUCGCCUGCAGGACUGCCGCUGACUGGAUGUUUUUUGUUUGUCGCACCAUUCUCUGUAAACAAUAGACCCUGUCGUGCGUGAAAAGCCCAAGAGGCUGGCCGUUUCUGAGAUACUCGAAACCGGCGCGCCUGGCAUCUAGGAUCAUACUACGCUCAACGUCGCUUAGGUCACUUGUUUAGCCUAUUCUAAUGUUCAAUCGAACAGCAACUGGAUGCCUGUCUGCCUGCUUCAUAUAGCAAGCCAUGGCCACGUGACUCAUUGUCUGUAGGGGCUAACCAUUUUCAUGAACAGGGUGGUGUACCUAAUAAAUGGGUCACUGAGUGUAUAGCAUACCUUGCAGUACAAAGUUUUGAUUGGUUUACAGUUUAGUACUCAGCGGCAUUUGCCUGUCCAGCUAGCGAACAUAAAAGUAUUUUAAAGAAAAUUGCUCAACUUGUCAUUGCCAACAAACUGAAAUGUUUUCAGAAUAUGUAAAUAUACACUACGUAAAAACUAGCUCCUCCCUCGACAGAGAUCGAUCAUCCAGAAAACUAAAGCAGAUAGCUUGCUAUGGCCCACUGCCUAAUAAUGACGGUGUGGAGGAUAGAAGUUAACUAGGGAGUCGUGUCUGUGAGCCAUACCGCUAAAAGCGACAAAAUAGCUGCUAAAACCAUGAUGGCUCCUCACCUCCAGAGGUCAUCAGCCCCAUGGGCUCAGGACAUGAAGACAAACACGGAAACACACUCCUCAUUCUCCUUUACCUCCAUCUUCACUCCUCUGGGAGUUCUGCAACGUUACUUAAUUAAGAUCCUGUCUAUAGUCUUUAAAUAGGGCUAUAUAGUACUUACUUAGAUUGUAGUGAUGGCUUUGUUUUUCUUUGUGUUAUAGUGAUUGAAGAGGGUGUCAUACUGUGUGGCAAUGUUUCAAUGUAUACAAUUCUCAAGGCCGUCUUAAAGUAACUGUCCAGUGUUUCCAUAUUUCUAUGAAAUAUUACCUAUAUAAUUAAUUACAAUAUGCGUAAAAUCGUUUUCCUUUCAAAAAUGGUUUAUCCCAAAAUUAUUUUCUCUCUCUUUGUUCUCUUCUCUUUCUCUGUGAAGAACUGAUGAGCUUUGAUCUGUCGUCUACCUCUGAGAAGCUGUCUCACCCCACCGCUAACAGGCCAAAGAUGCCUGGCAGGAGGCUGCCCGCUCAGUUUGGAGGAGGCCACUCGGUGAGUACACACACACCGUGAAAUACCAACACGCUACUGAGGACACACAACUCAGCACACCCACACUUACACACCACACGUGUUCAUCUUGCUCCAUACAUUACAUUGAUACAUCAAAUUCCUCUCAGAAUUUCCACAUGCAGGCCCCCUCUGUACAGUAAAUGUAUAUCACCACAUUCCAUAUACAGAGACCUCACCUUAUCUGCACCUCAUGAUGGGUCGGGGGAGUUGGGGUGAGAUGGGAACAGGGUACUACAGGUCCAAUUGAAAAGACAUUUGAGUUACAUGAAGGGCUGAGAGGAGAGCUGUCUGGUCGUUCCGAUUGUCUUUGAUUGACUGAGUUCCCUGAAGAGUAAUGUGAAAGCCUUCCAUUAGAAACAGAUGGACAUGACAACCCAGAGUGUCUCAGUGUCUGCCAAGGUGUGUCAGAAACUGAGCAGACCUGUUGUGAUUUUUUUUUUAUGUCUUCACAGCCAAACAAGGACAUCAGCGUGGAGAAAACCUUAAAGUUGGAUGAGGAGGAAGCCCCCAAACCAAAGUUGAUAGACACAAGAAAGGUAACGAUGACAUUAAUGUGUCUGAUUGUAUUGGUCAGUGUCCGACCUGUAUUGAACUUGUAUGUUUGGUAUACCAAGAAACAUUCCAGAACAACUAUUUUGUAUGUAUGGAUCAAUGUCCCAAAUGUACAUUAGAUCGAUCUCUGUUCAGACACUUGUGAUUCAUCCAAAAUGGAUCCUAUUGCUGCAAGUUAGUCACCUCAGCCAAUAUUUUCCCUCAGCAGGGAAUUCAACACCCCAAAAAAAGAACAACAAAACAUGUCUCAGCUCAGAAAUGGACUAUAGAAAUGAACUAAUAUAUCCCAUGAAAAAAGGCCUGCAACUAUAUUGUGUUCUUCAGUUAAGUCAUAGAGACCUCUUGGAGACCUCUCUCAGUGCCUCUGAGUAAUCCCUCACUAAUACGUCUGUCGUUAAUGUUUUCCUCCUGUCAUCCCUCCCUUCGCUGUAUGAAAGCCCUCUUAUCUUGAUGAACCGUGAUCCCUCCAGUACAGCACAGUCGCAAGCCUCUGGCGUUCACACAAACAUGUGUUGUGGCGUCCACAUCACUAAGGACUUAACAUGGUCCACACACACCCGUAUAGUCGUGACGAGGGCAUGGCAUCGCCUCUUCCCCCUCAGGAUGCUGAAAAGAUUUGGCGUAGGCCCUCAGAUCCUCAAAAUGUUCUACAACUGCACCAUCGACAGCAUCUUGACUGGCUGCAUCACCGCUUGGUAUGCCAAAUGCACCGAUCUUGACCGCAAAGCGCUACAGAGGGUGGUGCAGACAGCUCAGUACAUCACUGGGGCCGAGCUCCCUGCCAUCCAUGACCUCUCUAUAAGGCGGUGUCAGAGGAAGGCCUGAAAAGUUGCCAAAGACACCAGCCAUCCAAGCCAUAGAUUGUUCAUUCUGCUACCAUCCGGCAAACGGUACCUGAGCAUCGGCUCUCGGACCAACAAGCUCCGAGACAGCUUUCUACCCCCAAGCCAUAAGACUGCUAAAUGGCCAGACUGCUAAAUAGUCAAUUAAUGGUACCCAAACUAUCUGCACUGUCUCUAUCUUGCACUGACCCUACACACACUCACUAGACCAGUGGUCACUAACCUUUUCUAAAUCAAGAUCACUUUGAGUCAAAAUGCAUGCCGAGAUCUACCACUCAGAUUUUUUUUUUAACAUGACUUAAAAAACCAAAGCCUGUUCAUCCUGGACCUAUUAAAAACAGUUAUGUAGCAAUGUUAUGUUGUAGUAGGCAAUAUGCCCAAUACAUUAUCACUGCAUAUUGGCUAUACUUGAAUUGCCCUGCCAAUGUUGUUCAUCUCAGACCAUUUAGAAAUAAAACAUUUUUUUUAAAUUGGUAUAUGGUCAUACUGGUAAUAGAUAAUUUGUUGUGUUACUUGUAUUGGCCUGCAUCUGAUGGUCAGUCUGAGGGGAGGGAGAGGGCAGCGGUGAGGAAAGGGGACACAGUCUUCCAGCUGAUGGCGAAACUCAAGUCACAGACCAUUUUUUCUGCCUCAUGCACCAAUUCAUGUUGUUAAUCCGAUGUCCAGAUAAUGUUUUUAAUAUUACUGUAUAUAAAAAAAGAGACAAGCCGCUAAUAAUAACAAUGCAAGCUUAUCGAAACACUGCUAUACUCAUUCAUUGCAGCUGCAGUGCUGGGUGUAGCGUGAGUGGAAGUAGGGAGAACACACAUUUUAAGGCUUAUAAAAUAUAAACGUGUUGAACAAAGUGUUGACAGUGCUGAAUAACAACUUCAACAUUAACUUACUCAUAAAAACUGCAGCGCUUUGUUGUAUUCGUUGAGUCUCUAGUCAUGGUUUUAAACGUUUUAAUCUCACAGUAUUAACUUUGCUGUGCGCAAGAGGCUUCUUUUUACAUCUAUGGUUCAAGGAAACUGCAGACACGGUGAUCUGAGCUAUCUGAUUGGCCAGCGGUUGGCCGGUAGGUGCACUUGAUUUGCUCUCUAGGCCUGCCGGGUAGGCAGAGUUCUACUUUCAGACACAUGAAAUGGUUCAAAAUGGGAACACUUUGCCUUCCCGGGGCAAGGGCUGCUGAAUCAAGUGCAGCUACCGUCAACAGCACUAAAUUAUUUAUUUUUAAACAGGAACGCAAUGCUUUAUCGUUUUUUUACUGAAAUGUUUUGUGAUCGACUAGGAAUGCCUUGGUGGAAUGCCUUGGUGACCACUGCACUAGGCUAUAUACACACCAUAUACUCACUCACACACUACAUUGACACUCCCACACAAAACCCACAUACAUUCACAUACACUACGCAUACUGACGCAACACAACACUCACACACUUUUACUCUCAUCAUUUGCUGCUGCUGCUCUGUUCUUUAUUUUACUCACAUUAUUUUCUAUCCUGAUGCCUAGUCACAUUACCCUGCCUUCAUGUACAUAUCUACACUAUAUGACCAAAAGUAACAUCUCGUUCCAAAAUCAUGGGCAUUAAUAAGGAGUUGGGCCACCCUUUGCUGCUAUAACAGCCUCCACUCUUCUGGGAAGGCUUUCCACUAGAUAUUGGAACAUUGCUGCGGGGACUUGCUUCCAUUUAGCCACAAGAACAUUAGUGAGGUCGGGCACUGAUGUUGGUUGAUUAGGCCUGGCUCGCAGUCGGUGUUCCAAUUCAUCCCAAUGGUGUUUGAUGGAGUUGAGGUCAGGGCUCUGUGCAGGCCAGUCAAGUUCUUCCACACCGAUCUCAACAAACCAUUUCUGUAUGGACCUCACUUUGUGCACGGGGGCAUUGUCAUGCUGAAACAGGAAAGGGCCUUCCCCAAACUGUUGCCACAAAGUUGGAAGCACAUAAUUGUCUAAGAAUAUUUAGGAUUCCCCUGUCCAGCUAACAGUAUGUGUCUCGUGUCCACAGCCUUCCAUGUACAACUCACACUCCCAGUCUCCUGUCCUCAAGCCCAGCCUAUCCCUGUCGGAUGGGCCCAAAGCCUACCUGGCAUCUGCACCUGGCCACAGAAGCCCCAGCCCUAGCUCCAGCCCAGUCCCCAGCCGAAGCCGCAGCCCAGGCCCCAGCACAGAGCCCAAGCCCAUGGCAGAGCCAGAGGAGCGGAGGUCUGAGCUGGAAGACCUCCAAUCCCAGAUGAAAGAACUGCUGCUGUCUGUGGAGCUCCUCAAGACCCAGCAAAUGUAA